UGUUCCAAAGCUCAAAGAGCUCGAGUUGUUGUUAAUUUGGCGUCUCGAAACCGUGAAGCUAGCAGUCGCGUUCAUACAUCCCUCCCGACUAGAAUCUCCGCUCCCUCAACUCCCGAAAUUUUUCCCUUGAAACUGUUCUUCUAAAUAUAUCUCGACUAACUAUUCUCGCACAAACUCCGAGCGCUUCCAUCUGUGAUUCCAUUUGAUCAUUUAGAUUUGUCAACAUUAGUUUUCAUAAACUCUAUAUGUGUGUUACUGGGGCCAGUUACAACCUAGUCCUUUCUCGCAUCGCUGAUAUUCGUGAUCCAGUUGUGCUGCAUACAAUGGCAUCAAUGCCAUUUGGGAUGCAUGCUGUGCAGAAAGUGAGGGCUAAUAUGAACCUCACUGCAAAUGCUACUACUAAUGGAAGCAAACGUCAGAAAGAUAAUAAUACAAACUUCAAGUUUAGCAAUGACCAAUAUGCAGAUCCAUCACCGUCAAAGUACUGUGACAAGAUGAUGAAUUCCAUUUGGGGACUUUACAAUCGCUAUUCUGUUCACAAUUUUAAAAGCAACACUUCGUCAGGUCAAGCUCAAACUGCAACAUUGCAACAGCCGGCUACUAAAGAAAGCCAGGACUGGUUGCAAAAUCCCAUCAAGUGCCCACUGGAGGGAAUGAAAUUAAACUUUAAUUCAAAGAAUUUCCACCAGUAAAUGCAUUGAUGGGCUGAACCAGAGAAAAUGAAACAUCAUUUUUUCUGGUCUACACUAUGUUACCUUUUCAAUUAAUCUCUUUCAAUCCCAGUUCAUAAUAGGGUGGUAGAGUGGGUUUAUAACAUUCCCAGAUGUGAAGCAAUGGGCUCAUAAUUUGGUGUCAAUCAAUUGUGUUAAAAUGUAUCAUCAGAGUUAUCAAUACAAUUUAUUCUACAUCUUCA